AUGCGCAAGAAAGAAGCGCGGAAGUGGCUGUGAACCUGCUGCUCUGCUCUGUUGUCUGCUGACUGUACAACGGAUGGCACACACAUGGACUAAAUACCGCUCUGAAAUAUAAAGCCACACCGAAGUCUCGUCUUUGUAUCGUCAGGGAGCUCCAUAAAUGUCUCCAACAUGGCAGAGGUUGUUCGGACGACAGGUUUAAUGUUAUAUCUCUGGAGUGUUUUCAUGCAGUUCAGUCGCGUGUCAGGUCUUGGGAUCAAUGAGCUGCUUUAUUUCCGGGUCAUCAGCCCAGAGGAGAUAGGGUACAUCUUUAGUGCAGCACCUGCUAAAGAUUUUGGAGGAGAUUUUACGUCAUCUUAUGAUGAGAUUUUCCUCGUGCCAGCAGACCCAGCAGAUGGCUGCUCAGACCUGGAAGACAGGGAAAUCAUCCAUGGACAAGUAGUCCUGGUGGAGAGAGGAGGUUGCUCCUUUGUACAGAAGGCCCGACAUGUAGAGGAAGCAGGAGGCAAAGCUGUUCUGAUCGCUGAUAAUGCAGUGGACAAUGACAGUCAGUACCUUGAUAUGAUCACCGAUGGAAGCACAGCUAAACCAAGCAUACCUGCUCUGUUCCUGCUGGGCCGCGAUGGGAUGAUGAUCAGGCGAUCUCUUCAGAGACAAGCGCUGCCGUGGGCUGUCAUUUCCAUUCCUGUCAAUGUUUCCUCUUUGGCCUCAUUCCCACUAAAGCAGCCGCCAUGGACACUGUGGUAGAAAUGACGCACACCCACAACUUCACACACUUCCUCACUCAAUAAACACCCUGUCAUCAGUGCAUAUCAUGUCAGCUUUGAAUAAACUCGCAGCCUCACAGGGAAAUUCUUCAGUGGUAUUUAAACAAAUUCACAAGCUCUAGUGAACCGGUAAAUUUAACAUACAUACACAUGAUUAUAUCACGCUCAAACACAUGACACAUGGAGGGAACCUUUAAACAGUGUCUGAAUGGACUCUUUGUAACUGCUGAAACAGGUGAUGACAGACAAACUCAACAAGAAACAUACAUGUUUUCUCUCAGUGCUCGGUUGAAGUUGACUGAAUUAGCAGAUGGUUUUGAAGAUAAGCAAUCUGUUUAUCAGUUGAGUCGUCUCCAGGAACUUCUGUACAGAUUGUUUGUCAGUGUUGAAAAUGAAAAACUGGAUACAUGUUUAUACAACACAUGCAGACUGAUAGACCAUUUUUUUGCCUUGUUAAGCAGCAUAAGUUGUUGUGUAGGACAGUACGGAGGGAAAAACAGGCCAGGACACUAUUUAUUAAACUUCACUACAAUACAGCGCACCAAGAAUGUCAUCUCACUGUAAUAAUGUUAAUGAAUUCCUACUUAUCUGCAUGACCAAAAUGAACAUUGUUUCUCCUACGGUUAAUAAAUAUAAAAUGACUUUUGUUGCA